ACAUCAGAUGUACCACUUUCCGUAAAUCUUAGUGUGUUCCAUCAUACAUUUGCUUCUGGUUCGUUUUCACUUUUCCCUGUUUACAGUUCCAAUGAGAUCGAUUUGAAUUUCGAAGGAAUGCAACUAGAACGAGUUCCGCAACGUAGUCCGAUCACCGAUGAGGAAUAUAAUCCAGCUGAGAUUCGUCGUUUGAAUCUCAGCAAGAAUAACAUCUUGCAUCUCUCUUGUUUACCAGCGUUUAAGAAUUUGGUUAGCCUAGACGUUUCCAAUAACAGUUUAUCCGUUCUGUCAGAAGACAUCGGUGCGCUUACGCAAUUGCGGACGUUUUCGGCGCGCAAUAACUUGCUCGAAGAUUUGCCGAAAAGUAUGAACAAACUGGAUCAAAUGGAAGCGCUUUAUCUGUCCGGAAACCGCUUCGAGAUCGUACCAUUGGCCGUUCUCAAAAUGUGUCGUUUGCGUAUUUUGCAUCUGGGUGGCAAUCGUAUCGAGAGUGUCCCAUACGACAUCGGUUGCUUAAUCAAGUUGGAGAUUCUCUAUCUCGGUGGGAAUCUAUUGAAAGACGUUCCAGCGACUAUAGGACGUCUUCAACGACUUUCAUCACUUUCCCUGUGCGAUAAUCAGCUCGAAACAAUCCCAUCCACAUUUGGAGAGCUACGAAACCUAGAAAACCUAUCACUGCAUAAUAAUGUACUCCGAACACUCCCUACAGAGAUCGUUAAGCUCCGAAAUCUCCAGCAACUGAGUCUCAGACAAAAUCCCUUGGUCAAUCACUUCGUGCACAACAUGCAACUCGCACCACCCAAAUUGAAAGAGCUCGCUGGCCGUUUAGUUCGAUUAAAAAUGUCCAGGUUACCGAUCAAUGAUGUGCUGCCAAGAGAACUUAUUGCUUAUCUCAAUUCUGCCAAUCAGUGUGUUAAUCCUAAAUGUAAAGGUGUUUAUUUCGAAGCUUGUGUUGAACAUGUUAAAUUUGUCGACUUUUGUGGGAAGUAUCGCGUUCCACUGUUACAAUUCUUAUGUUCACCGAAAUGCUCUGCGACAGUGCCGGCAUACUCGUCAUCUGAGAGCUCAUCGGAUACUGACGAUGACUUACCGAACAACAUGAAGAUGCGUAAGAUCCUCCUGGGGUAG